CAUAUAUAAACCAGCUGCUCAGUUUGCAGUUCGUCAAUCAUUCACUAAUUUAUAAGUAGCACAGGUUGCUAGUGAAGAGUUUCAGUAAGUUCACCACAAAUACAAUGACAGUUCCUAGCAUUAAACUAAACACUGGAUGUGAGAUGCCUAUAGUUGGGCUGGGGACUUGGAAGUCCAAAUCCGGUGAGGUACAGCGCGCAGUAGAGGUUGCCAUCGACAGUGGAUAUCGUCACGUAGAUUGUGCGCUCGUGUAUGGAAACGAAAAGGAAGUUGGAUCUGCUUUGAAGAAGAAGAUUGAUGAAGGGAAAGUGACGAGAGAGGAUAUGUUUAUCACUGGGAAGCUUUGGAACGUCUUCCAUCAUCCGUCCAAAGUCCGUGGUUCGCUGCAAGAAAGUUUAAACAAUCUCCAAACUUCAUAUCUUGAUCUAUACCUCAUACACUGGCCUAUGGCUUAUGUGCUGCAACCAGAUGGAAACCUCUUCCCCAAAGAUUCGAACGGGAAGUUUAUUUACGAUGAUACAGAUUAUGUGGAUACUUGGAAGGAGCUUGAGAAAGCCAAAGAGGAAGGCAUCGUGAAAAACAUUGGCGUGUCGAACUUUAACGCUUACCAAGUUAACCGUAUCAUCAAAGAAUGCAAAGUAGUACCAGCUGUCAAUCAAGUGGAGCUCCACCCAUAUUUGAACCAGGAAGAAACCGUGAAAUUUUGCCAAACCAAUAAAGUAGCAAUGACGGCAUACAGCCCCCUUGGCUCCCCUGAUAGACCAUGGGUUAAACCAGAUGAACCUGUAUUGUUAGAAGAUCCAAAGUUGGUCGCCAUUGCUGAAAGAUUGAAGAAAACCGUGGCCCAAAUAUUGUUGCGAUACCAAAUCCAACGUAAUAUUAUUGUAAUUCCUAAGAGUGUAACUCCGUCAAGAAUACAAAGUAACUUGCAGUUGUUUGAUUUUGAGCUUUCUGCUGAUGAUAUGGCAACCGUGGCUGGCUUUGAUCGUUCCUUCAGGGGUUGUGCAUUAGAAUGGGUCUCUGACCACAAGUACUGGCCAUUCAAGGAAAACUACACCGAGUAAAGAGAUUACUUAAUAUUGGUGUUUAUUUAAUUCCCUCAAGUUAAUCAUGAAUCCUGUACUGUAGCCAUUGUGUGGUUAAUUAAUACAUACCUAUUAACAUGUUG